ACUUGAACUGAGAAAAAGUAACAUAUAUCUAGCUGCAUGCUCUGAGAAACAGGGGAUUUUAUUUAGUUAGCAGAUUGGGCGAUCGGUUAAUGUAUAACAUUUUGUCAAACAGCAUGGCCAGCUAAUGUCGGGUUUUCAUGCAGAGGAUUUUGGUGCAUCAACGUUCCAGAUAGGGUUUUAAAUUUGAAGCUCCGACUUUUGCUAACGGUACGUUGUUGUCAUCUCAACACGUCAGACUUGUGCGAUAACUAGCUAGCCUCUAGUUGUGCUUUCAUUUGUAAGUCCAGUUUAUAUUUUAUUUAUUUACCAUCAAGGUUCUGUUUUAAUUUUGUGUAACAAAUUGCACGUUUCUGCAGUGACUUGUUUGACGUUAGUGAGCCAGGAACGGAGGACAACAUGUCAGGAUCAAACCAAGGACACGGAAGCGCGGUUGAUGUUCCACUGCCAGAAUACCAAAACCAGGAAAAUAUGCUGUCCGGACAGAGAGGUACACUCAAAAACCGGGUGGACAACCAGGAGAACAUUGUCCCCAAAGCACCACAGAGAACUGUCCUGGGAGCCUUGCAAAACAACAAACGCAGCAAACCUCAAACUCUGCGCGGCACAAAACAGGUUGGUAACUUCCAACUAGCCACUAGCCAGCCAACACCAUAUACUUAGACUUGUUGCCUAGCUAGCUAACCUUGCUAACAUAGCAGUAGCAUGCAGAUUAAGCCUGGUGGCUAGGUAAUUUGCUAACCUUUGCUAACCUUAGGAUACAUUUUUUUUUAAUUCACGACCAAGCGCAGUUUAUUUUGAUAAUUUAGAAUUUCAUCUCCAUUUUACUGAAUGUAUUUUUGUCUAAUUUUUUUAAUGUCUGAUAGUUGGGUAGGUUCCCUUCCAAGUAACGUUAGUCCGCCAUUUUAUACUGUCAAUCUCUUGUGCUAGUUGGGAUGGCCAACUUGCAUUCUCAAACCUAAUUCUUCCCAUAUUAAAAUGAUUAAUUUACAUGAAAUGGCAACUCAUUGUCGAAACCAUGAGCACUGAAAUAUUUGAAAUUCUGUCCUCAUUUCAGGUGCUGUCCUGCGAAAAUGAAAUACCUAAAAGUUAUUCAGAGAAGCUGGGCAGCAAGCAGCCUGCUUUCCAGAUUCAUGUGGAUGAGCCUGAUGGUGCCUGCUCCAAGAAACCGGUGUCCCUCAAGGCCAAGCCCUCCACAGAGAUUUCCUCCCUGAAACUGAACCCAACAGUUACCCUUCUAAGGCAGCCUCUCGCCUCUCUUGACAUAACAGCAACAUGUGUGUCUAACAUGAAUGUUAGUUUUGACGGUGAGUAAUCCAGCUGGACUUCAUCUAUCUAUUUAUUUAGCCCCGAUUUAUUUACCCUUUCAAUACUCUGAUAUGAACAUGGUGUCGUCUCAUAUGGAUUCGAAAGUCAAACGUUUUCAAAUGAUUUUGCUCUAUACAGAUUCUCCCAUGGAUAUGUCAGUUAUUGAAGGUGACGAGAAGCCAGUGAACGCGGCAACGGAGUAUGCUUCAGAAAUACACACGCAUCUAAGAGAAAUGGAGGUGAGCAAACUGGCGUGCGCAAUUCAUUUUUUCAGUUCACACAAAUAACUGAACUGUAACUACAGUGUUGUGAAGACUCAUUGUCCUUAUGCACUCUUGUCCUUAGGUUAAAUCCAGGCCAAAAGCAGGCUACAUGAAAAAGCAGCCAGACAUCACCAACAGCAUGCGGGCCAUCCUCGUUGACUGGCUGGUGGAGGUUGGAGAGGAGUACAAGCUCCAGAACGAGACGCUCUACCUUGCAGUGAACUACAUCGACCGUUUCCUGUCUUCCAUGUCAGUCCUGCGGGGGAAGCUGCAGUUGGUUGGGACCGCUGCAAUGUUGUUGGCGUCGUAAGUGUUGUAGACCCCCCCCCCCCCAACAUAGCCAUCCUUUUUGUGUGCUCGAAGGUGUGCUGAGUAAACAGUCUUUGCUAUCUGUUGUGUAAAGCCCACUAGAUGUAUUAGGCCUCUGUCCCAAAUGAAUGGAAAAGAUUGGCACCAACAUCUGACACUUUAAUUUUGGCAGGAGUUUAACUGAAAGUGUCAACCCUAGAGAUGAACUCCUUUUUAAUUGAUAGUGCCAAUCUAAGCGAUUUGCUUUAAUCACACUGGUUUUCCUUCAAAUGCAGGAAAUUUGAAGAGAUCUACCCCCCGGAGGUCGCAGAGUUUGUUUACAUCACGGACGACACCUACACGAAGAAGCAAGUGUUGCGAAUGGAGCAUCUGGUGCUGAAAGUGCUCUCCUUUGAUCUGGCCUCUCCUACCAUCAACCAGUUUCUCACUCAGUACUUUCUCACCCAGCCUGUCGGCAGCAAGGUGGAGAGCUUGUCGAUGGUGAGUAGAGCACACGUUGUUGUGGCGUUCACAUUUUGUAAUUUAAGUUGAAAUUGUGGUUUUAUAGAUAUUUUAUAAUUCUUUGACAAACUUUGUCUUAGUUCCUAGGGGAGCUCAGUCUAGUAGACUCAGACCCUUUCCUGAAGUACCUCCCCUCUCAGACUGCUGCGGCCGCCUUAGUUUUGGCAAACCACACAAUAACAGGAGGCUCAUGGGUAAGUUUGCAAUGCCGCAGUAAGCGUUCUACCAGGGUAGGAGUUUCCUUGACCUUCUGGUUUGGCCGUUAUGCCCCAUUCAAAAUAGGGCAACAGAAUGUAGCGUCUUAAACAGGUCUUGGCCUCGGUGCCGUAGGCCAGGAUUUGGUAGCUGGUGCGGACAGGAACUCUCUCCCUGCAGAAUAUCUGCCACUGGCUCUCACUGUCUGUUUUGAUUACUUUGGGAGAGAAACAUUAACACAAGUAACGUUUUUCUUUCUCCUCGUGUGUAUGUAUGCAAGUCUUCACAGUAAAGGCUUUUUUUUUUGUCUCACUUGCUGUUUUAAUGUUAAUAUAUGACAUUGAUGGGCCAAUAAUGCCUUGGCCAAUUGGGUGUCACUGAAGGUCAAGUGGCCUUAUUAAAUGAAAUUCUAUACCUGAUCUUGGCACAUAGAAAACGUGAUUUCCAACUGUCACUAAAGUCUGUUCCAUAUUAAAUGCUUUUCUAAGAAUCAUGUUUGAAAAGUAGGCUAUUCCCUAGUUGACAGGUUUGCUUACUGACAACAGGGGUAUACACGGAAUCACCCACCCAUGUGUUUCUAACUUUCUUGAUCAUCAGGCUCCUCCCUGACUCGCAAUCUCUUGCUUGCAUUUGAUCUUCAGGUUUUUUUUUUUUUUCAACACUUAAAGUUUAAACCUAAAAUGUUCCUUAUACAGCUGUAGCGUGAGAUUGUCAUACCCUGAAGAGACCGCUAGCCUGUGUGGAAUAAAAGAUUGCAAUUGAUCACAACUCAAAUGACAACUGAUAUCUUUGCCCUAAAACAAAUAACUUUGCAGUGACAUUAUAAUUUUAUUUUUUUCUGUUUUAUUUUAGUCCAAGUCUCUGGCAGAGGUGACUGGCUACUCUUUAGAAGACCUGAUGCUUUGCGUAGAGGAUCUGCACCAAAUGUAUCUCAACGCUGCUACGCAUGCACAGCAAUCAGUGAGGGAGAAGUACAAGGGCGCAAAGUAAGUGAACCAUACAGAUGGAUUUCUAAAUGUUCUUAUCUGAAAGUAGUUCAUUAAUGACUAGUGGUCACUGUAAUCCACUUUGUAUAUUUGCCAAUGUAAACAUUCCAUUGGUAUCCAAUCCAUUAAUUUGUGCCGCUAAUCUAUACUGAACUAAAAUAUAAAUGCAACAAUUUCAACGACUUUACAGAGUUACAGUUUGUAUAAGGAAAUCGGACAAUUGAAAUAAAUUCAUUAUGCCCCAAUCUAUGGAAUUCACAUUACUGGGCAGGGGCACAGCCAUUACACUCACUGGGUAGCCAGGCCCAGCCAAUCAGAAUGAGUUUUCCCCCACAAAAUAGUUUAUUACAGACAGAAUAAUACUCCUCAGUUUCAUCAACUGUCUGCAGCCGUGAGGCCGGUUGGAUGUACUGCCAAAUUCUCUAAAAUGACAUUGGAGGUGGUUUAUGGUAGAGAAAUUAACAUUCAGUUCUCUGGCAACAGCUCUGGUGGACAUCCCUGCAGUCAGCAUGCCAAUUGUACGCUCCCUCAACUUGAGACAUUUGUGGCAUUGUGUUGUGACAACUGCACCUUUUUAGUGACCUUUUGUCCCCAGCACAAGGUACACCUGUGUAAUGAUUGUGCUGUUUAAUCAGCUUCUAGAUAUGCCACACCUGUCAAGUGGCUGGAUUAUCUUGGCAAAGGAGAAAUGCUUACUAACAGGGAUGUAAACAAAUUUGUGCAUAGUGUAAAUUUCUGUAAUCUUUUAUUUCAGCUCAUGAAACAUGGGUCCAACACUUUACAUGUUGCGUUUUAUAUUUUCGUUCAGUAUAAAAUAACCAUGUGUGUAAGCUUACUGGACAUUUCAUUUUAAGGGGAACUACUUGUUCAUAUAGUAAUUUUAUAGAUUUCUAUUAGAUUGAACAUGAAUUGGUGGGUCUGAAUGAUUUUUUUUUUUUUUUUUACCAUAUUGUGUUUCUUGCUGUCUAGGUACCAAGAGGUCUCUCUCAUCGAGCCCCCAGAGAAACUGUCAUUGAAUUGAUUUUUCUUUCCUUUGCUCACCAAUGCUGAGAACUGUUCUAAUUGGGGGUGUUUUCUCCGCACAUUAAUUUUUUUACUACACGAGACAUCUUGCCAAAAUGUGUAACUGAACCCAUGGCAUCAAUCUUUUGCGGAUGUGGGCUCAAUUUAGUGAGUUUUUUUAUGUACAAUCCUGUAGGAUUGUUUUAUGCUUGACGCAACCCUGAGCUUUGUAAUGUUAAUCAAGCAAUGUCAUGUUUGUCUGUUCUCACUAGACAAAUGUGGUUUUUAACUGCUAAAAAGCUGUAAAGAUGCAUCUUUCACUGUCUGCAUUCUUGUAAUAAAACUGCAGCUUAUAUUUUCCCCACUGAAACUAAUAGACACACUUGUGAAUAUUUCCUGACAAAUCUUUCCCCAGACUAACCGUGUUUGGGUUUUCUAUGACUACUUGACAUUUUCUAUGGGCUGUACUGAAUUAUUAUUUUUCCACAAAUGUAUUCUAGCCAAGGUUGGAAGCUUAAGUCUAGUUUGGCUCAACAUUCUGCAGGACAGUCUGCCGUUUUUAAAUCACUUGCCUCAUUCAAAGGUAUGUGUCUUGUUGGGAGUUCACUGGUUAUCAAUCAAGGCAUCAUCUGCGCUGUAAAAUAUCUCUUGUAAAUAAAUUCCAUUCCCGCAAAGACCCUCUGUUA